CACUACUGAAACAUGGCGAACGAGCCUUCGAGAACCCCCGUUUGGGCCCUCAAGAUCUCCUGUGUGUGUCGCCUAUUCUUGCUAUGCUUUGAUGUACUUGCAUAUUGGUUUACUAUUCUCCGUUGGGUGGAGAAAAUUGUCAAUUAUGCUUGGGACUGGAUGAACAAUAAUAUUUAAAAAUUUCAAAAGGGUCGAGAAGAUGUGUUUCUGCACCGUGCUUGUUCUAAAGAUCUCAGUGGUGCUUAGCAUUCUUUUAUUGCUUUUCAAUGUAUUGGACAUAAUUGAGGGCGGUCGAAACCUAAGCGAGGUAACAAUGAAAGGCAAACUUCUGCUCGUGAUGUGCUUCGUCUUGAACUCCUUCCUUAUAGCCAUCCUCUGUGCGGGCCUAUAUGCGGCGAUACGCCAGAAUCUCAAGCUUAUGCAGAUGCUUAUUUUCGCAUUGAUAAGCUACUUUCUGGGGAAGAUGUCGCUCUGGAUCGUUGCUGGGAACCAGGGAGGGGUCGUCGAGCUUGUGGUCACCCACCACUGGUUCAAGCUGACAUUGGUUGCAGCGGUAAUCUGCAUUUUGCUGCUUACGUGUUAUUGCCUGAGGGUAAAGGAUGACGAUGGUGAAGACCCCCCGUUUCGUUAGGAAAUUUUGGGAAAUACAUACCUGAGAAUAUUCCGUCUAAACCAUGAGCAAUUAAUGUGAUUAUUAUCAAAUACAAUCUUGUACAAUGGGACUAAUUAAGAGUUGCCUUCACACUCUCCAAACAUUAAGUUUUCUGCCCCACUCUCCCCCUUAAAGUUUCCUCCUGGAAA